AUAGGACCUAUCGAACAGUAUUUCAAUGUGUACACUCGCACAGGUCUUUGCAGCUGGGUAAUGCUUGCCGCGCGAUAUGAAUCGUACGCGGGAGCUCCACUCUGUCUUACAGACAAGCCUACUCUAUUUGCGGCCCUUGAGAAAGUGGUGCGCUGUCACGCGGCCCUCCAUGCUCGCCUACCUCCUCUGAGUGAAUCUCCAAGGUGGACGCACAUCUCGUCUGUAGAAUUGAACGAGGUGGUCCACUUUAUUGAGGAGGAUCACAGUGACCUACAAGAGAUCAUAGAAGACUGCUUUGACCACGACAUGGAUAUCUCCGAGGACAAGCCGCGCUGGAGACUGCUCGUCCUGCGCGACGGCACUCUUGUGUUCUUGUGGGACCAUUCCAUCGGGGACGGGCAGAGUGGCCUCGCGUUCCAUCGUGCGCUCCUCGAUGCGCUCAACAGUGUACCAGAGCUGCCCGCCAGCCACUCGGGUGUCAUCACUCCACUGCCUUCGGACCUCGCGCUCCCGACAUCCCUAGAGGACGCGGCUGGGCGUCAGAUAUCAGUACCGAUCCCCAUGCUCGUCCGCGUCCUCGCGGAGGAGUACCUUCCCUUCCUCUUUGCCCGUAAGAACGCUGCAACAUGGACGGGCAAUCCCGUUCCUUUAGAGCCUAGUCUCCAUACGCAAGUUCGCAUCCUCCACUACUCACCCUCCGACACGUAUACGCUUCUCCGAGCAGCACGGGCGCGCCGAGCGACACUCACUGGUACACUUCACACACUCGCCCUCGUCGUCCUUUCGCGGCUCAUCCGUGCGCUCCUUAAUGGCGAGGAGCGGAAGUUCAAGGCCAUCGCGACCUUCAUCCCUAUCUCGAUGCGCCGGCAUACGGGCACGCACGCAACGGAGAUAUGUGUACAGGUCACGCACUACGAGGGACAUCAGCCCAUGCUUCUCCCGGACACGGGCGACUUCCCGUGGGAUGUCGCGGCCGAGUUCACCGGGACUCUUCAGCGUGCCAUCGUUUGCGCGGGGCCUGUCACCGGGAUGCUGAAGUACCUCUUCGGGCGGUAUGAGGAGUACUUGGAGGGUCACCUCGGGAAAAAGCGCGGGUCAGGGCUGGAACUAUCGAACCUCGGUCCGUUCCCUGGCUCCCCUUCUUCCGGGACCACGGAUCUGGAGAAGAGCGACGAUGGAGCGGGCGAUUCCACAGAAGUGCUUGCGGCACGAUGGAAGAUCAAGGAGAUGACGUUUGCUCAAGCGGAGGUGCUGGGAUCAGCGCUCAAGUUGAACGUUGUCGGGUCACCGGAAGGUGGGCUGGGGAUGACGGUUUCCUGGGGCACGAGCGCGGUGGACAAGGAGCUGGCCGAGGCGUUUGUUGUGGGGCUGCACGACGGGCUUAGGGCAUUGAUCAUAGCGGCUUCGGACUUGGAAACACGGGACUGAUACCUUUAUAGACGGGCAUGGGUAUCUAGAGGCACCGGUACGCUACUAUUAGAACGAAUCUGGUAUAGAAGCAGGACAGGGACACAUUCUCAGGC